GAGUAUGAAACAUCAGACAACCCGGCCAGCAGGAAAAGCUACCGCGAUACUCGUUCUCACCUGUUGAUUGUACUGGAGAACCGAGGCUACCGAAAACCAGUGGGCUACUGACAGCUGUUUGGACAUCUGGAAUCACCAAUCAACAGUUAUUGCUGCCCACCAAGUCGACAGAAUGACGACGGAGGUGCGUCGCCCAAACAAAAGACGUGUUGUCGCGGUGGGGGGAGAAUGAGUAAGACGGACACUGGAGUGCAGAGCAUCCGAGAAGCGCUGACAAGGCACAAUGAAGGGUUGGAUGAGGAUGGAAAGGUGACAGAAGAUGAGGAGCCCCGAGCCUGCGGUGUGUGUGGAGAUCUGGCCAAGGGUUACCACUUCAAUGCCUUGACGUGUGAAGGCUGCAAGGGCUUCUUCAGACGUGCCAUAAAGAGGUCAACGCAGCUCCGCUGUAGGUUCCUGUAUGUCUGCAAUAUAAACAAGAACAACCGACGGUCGUGUCAAGCCUGCCGCUUCCGUAAAUGCCAAGCCAUAGGCAUGCGCCCAGAAAUGGUCAUGUCUGAGAAGGAGGUAAUGGAGCGGAGGAACCGAAUCCAGUCGAAGAAGAUGCUUGACGCACCAUCACAGCUUUCAUCCCAACAACAGGAAACCAUUCAGGAGCUACUCUGUGGCCACCGCAAUACAUUUGACUCAGCGUUUUACCGCUUCAGUGGCUUCAGGCCCAUGGAUAGAAACGUCCUUCCUGCGAGUAACUACAACUGGUCUGAAAGCUCCCUCUGCUUCGUCUCCUCCUCCUCCAACUCGUCCUCCAUCUCCAGUUUCUCUGGUUCCUUUGAAACACAAGAGAAACAUGAAGACGAAGAGGUCAGAAAAGCCAGUGUUUUCUCGGCUCUUCCACACCUGACUGACCUCGCCGCUUACAUGAUUCAGGACAUAAUUAGUUUUGCCAAAAGUCUAAGGGACUUCCGGUCUCUCAACAUGGAGGACCAAAUUGCUCUGUUGAAGGGAGCCACAUUUGAAAUUAUGCAGAUCCGCUUCAACAUGGUGUUCAAUGCAAAUACAGGCACCUGGGAAUGCGGCCAUAUCACAUACUGCAUAGAUGACGCUGUACGAGCGGGUUUCCAGCUGCUCCUGCUGGAGCCUCUGCUCAGAUUUCACCACACGCUGCGCAAACUGGGCCUGCAGGAAGAAGAGUAUGUUCUCAUGCAAGCCAUGUCCCUGUUUUCUCCAGACCGUCCUGGUGUGCAGCAACACAGUGUGAUUGAUGCGCUUCAUGAAAACAUGGCACUGACACUAAAAACCUGGAUUGACCUCCAGAGGACAGGACAAGAAAAACACUUGCUGUAUCCCAAAGUGAUGGCCUGUCUCACAGAGAUGAGAACAAUGAAUGAGGAGCACAGCAAACAGGUUCUGCAGAUCCAGGACAUCCAGCCAGACAUUAUCUCGCCUCUCGUAAUGGAGAUGGUCAGUAAAAACCCCUGUAAUGACUUGUAAUGGGGGAAUCUACUGUAAGCUGUAAACUAUCGUCUGUUCUCUGCACACUACCCACACGUCAAAGAAGCCAGGGCUAAGGCAGCAUUGGGUUUUACAAAGUUUGUUUUAUUUAGUGGUUACAUACCGGUGGAUUAUGGUGGAUUUGACAUUUAUGUGUUGUUCACAUUGUCUCUAUCAAUUAAUGUUUACGUUACAUUUUGAGGUUGAAUGUGUUUCUUAAUGUCGCACACAGAAUUUUCAGACCACGAAGUAUGCAUUUUCUCAGAGAAUGAAAGAGCUUUGGUUGCAAAGACAAUCUUUGCAUUUUAUACUUGUUACCUCAGGUUGUUGUUUAGGGUUUUUGGUGCCAUCAUGUGGAACAAAAAUGAUCUACACGAUGUAAAUAAAACUGCUCUCCAGAUUAAAGUGUGUG